GCUGCAGCGAAGGGCCUCGCAGAAGGAGCUGAGGCAGAGCUUCGCCAGGUCCAAGGGCAUCCACGUCAACCUGACCUACGACGAGCACGUGCACGCCCGAGCCCAGGAGCCGCUCAGCAGCAUGCGGAGAAGGGCCCUGCUGAGGAAGGCCAGCUCCUUACCCCCGACCACGGCUCACAUCCUCAGCGCCCUGCUGGAGUCCCGGGUCAGCCUGCCCCAGUACCAGCCCACCGCCCUGGACUACAAGCGCUACCUCAGGGAGCACAACGAGCGCCAGUUCUUCUUGGAGCUGGUCAAGGACAUCUCCAACGACCUGGACCUCACCAGCCUCAGCUACAAGAUCCUCAUCUUUGUCUGCCUCAUGGUGGAGGCUGACCGGAGCUCGCUCUUCCUGGUGGAGGGAGCUGCAGCUGGCAAGAAGAGCCUGGUGUCCAAGUUCUUCGAUGUGCAUGCAGGCACCCCGCUCCUGCCCUGCUGCAGCACCGAGAACUCCAAUGAGGUGCAGGUGCCCUGGGGCAAGGGCAUCAUCGGCUAUGUGGCAGAGCAUGGGGAGACAGUCAACAUCCCAGACGCUUACCAGGAUCGUCGCUUUAAUGAUGAGAUUGACAAACUGACUGGAUACAAGACAAAGUCACUGUUAUGCAUGCCCAUAAGAAACAGUGAUGGAGAGAUUAUUGGUGUUGCCCAAGCGAUAAAUAAAAUUCCUGGAGGUGCUCCUUUUACUGACGACGAUGAAAAAGCUUUGUUGGAAGUAGUUAAUGAUCUCUUUGAGGAACAGACAGACUUAGAGAAAAUCGUUAAGAAAAUCAUGCAUCGAGCCCAGACUCUGUUGAAGUGUGAACGCUGCUCAGUAUUACUGCUGGAAGACAUUGAAUCACCAGUGGUGAAGUUUACAAAAUCCUUUGAGUUGCUGUCUCCAAAAUGCAGUGCUGAUGCUGAGAACAGUUUCAAAGACAGUAUGGAGAAAUCAUCAUCUUAUUCUGACUGGCUCAUAAAUAACAGCAUUGCUGAGCUAGUAGCUUCCACGGGUCUUCCAGUGAACAUCAGUGAUGCGUAUCAGGAUCCUCGCUUUGACGCUGAAGCUGACCAGUUUUCAGGCUUUCACAUAAGGUCUGUUCUUUGUGUUCCUAUAUGGAAUAGCAGCCACCAAAUAAUUGGUGUAGCUCAAGUGUUGAACAGGCUGGAUGGGAAACCUUUUGAUGAUGCUGAUCAGCGAUUAUUUGAGGCUUUUGUUAUUUUUUGUGGCCUGGGCAUCAACAACACUAUAAUGUAUGAUCAAGUGAAGAAAUCUUGGGCAAAGCAAUCUGUGGCUCUUGAUGUUCUGUCCUACCAUGCAACAUGCUCAAAGGCAGAAGUCGACAAAUUUAAGGCAGCAAACAUACCACUGGUAUCAGAGCUUGGCAUUGACGAUAUCCAUUUUGAUGACUUUUCACUCGAUGUGGAUGCCAUGAUUACUGCAGCCCUCCGGAUGUUCAUGGAGCUUGGAAUGGUGCAGAAAUUUAAAAUAGACUAUGAGACACUGUGUAGGUGGCUUUUGACAGUGAGGAAGAAUUACCGAAUGGUUCUGUAUCACAACUGGAGGCAUGCUUUCAAUGUGUGCCAAUUAAUGUUUGCAAUGUUAACUACAGCAGGAUUUCAGGAGAUUCUGACUGAAAUUGAAAUUUUAGCUUUGAUUGUGGGAUGUUUAUGUCAUGACCUUGACCACAGGGGAACCAACAAUGCCUUCCAAGCCAAGAGCGGAUCCGCUUUGGCUCAACUAUAUGGAACUUCUGCUACUUUGGAGCAUCAUCAUUUUAAUCAUGCUGUCAUGAUUCUUCAAAGUGAGGGUCACAACAUCUUUGCUAACUUGUCCUCCAAGGAAUACAGUGACCUUAUGCAGCUUCUAAAGCAGUCAAUAUUGGCAACGGAUCUCACUCUAUAUUUUGAGAGAAGGACUGAGUUUUUUGAACUUGUUAAUAAAGGCAAUUACAAUUGGAAUGUCAAAAGCCAUCGAGAAAUAUUUCGAUCAAUGCUAAUGACAGCCUGUGACCUCGGAGCUGUGACCAAACCGUGGGAGAUUUCAAGACAGGCAGCUGAAUUGGUAACCAGUGAGUUCUUUGAACAAGGAGACAGAGAGAGAUCUGAACUCAAACUCACUCCUUCAGCUAUUUUUGAUCGGAACAGGAAAGAUGAACUACCCAGGUUGCAGCUGGAAUGGAUUGAUAGCAUCUGCAUGCCCCUGUAUCAGUCUCUAGUGAAGGUGAAUGUGAAACUGAAGCCCAUGUUGGACUCUGUGGCAGUAAACAGGGGUAAAUGGGAGGAGCUGCACCAGAAAACACUUCUCUCCCAGACAACACCCUGUUCCUCUUCUUCUAGCUUUUCUGUCUCUCUUGAAGACAUACAUUAAGCCUGUGAACAUCAGCUGCUGUUAUGACGACAGCUGUCUGCAAGGCAGUCCUAAGCUCAGCCACAUCAUUUUUAAAAAAUGCUUCCACUGACAUGAUUAAUUGAUUGGAUAUAAUUUCGCUGGCCAUGAUUUGGCUUUUAUGUAGGUGUUCAGUUGGUCUGAAAAGACCUGAGAUAAGAUGAUGCUGAUAUCUGGAGUCACAUAGAAGGCAUAGCAGAAGCAGUCAUUGAGCUCCAUCACAUUUCAACUGCUGUUGUUUAAAAAACAAACAAAAAAACACACCACCACACCAGACUGCAGACUGAAAUACAAGAAUUUACAUCUUAAUAAAAUUAAUAAUACAGAGCAGACUGGGAAUGCACAAUUAUCAAUGCAUAUGCAAGGAGCUGCAGGAAAACUGAAGACUGUGUAAUUACUUUGUUGUUUUGCAUCUUUUCAGUAUUUGUUAUGAACCAAUUAUGCCUGCUUUUGUAAUGUCUUUCUCAUUCCUUCUCUGUCAUGCUUGAGCAUUCUGAAAUGCCUGCUUUGUAUUCUACAAAAGUAUUUUUUUACAACAAAGCUGCUUAGUGAUUGAUCAGAGCCUUUAGAAUUGCCUGUCUGCUACAUUUAAAAAUAAACUUUAUUAUCUUUAAAAAUAUAAAUCUGUCCCAGUUCCCCUAAAAUAUUCAUAUUAACAAUGCAGUGAAUUACUUUGCAGGUGGAAAUCUGUAUAAAGGCAAAAAUUACUGCAUGGUAAUUUGGGUUCAUUCUUUUAGAAAAACUGUUUCAUUUUUAAGCUGCAUUUUACCUAAGGAAAGAACUAAUAGCCUUUAACAAAAAUAGGAUAAAAAGGGAAAUGUAUUGCUUUGUGCUGAAGAAUGUGCAUUGAAGAGUUUACUUUGGAUGUGUCUUUCUGAUAUAAUUUCCAACUGAGAUAAAUAUUUUGACUGUUACCCCAUAAGAAAUGAUGGAGAAAUAGAGUACCAUCACACUAGAUAUCGACUACCUCUUAUUUCUCUUACCAUGUCUUUUAUCCAAUUACAACUAGCAGAAAGCAAAUCCAGGGUAACAUAUCUGAACCGUUGUAAGUAAAAUGUUGAUCAGUUGUGAUAAAGAAUUCAAGCAUGCCUAGUUCUCAGUGACCACACUAAAGUUGGCCUCUUCCAAUCAGUGCAGAAAUCCUUGGCAAAACAGCACUGUAAUCCAUGAUUUGAGACUGCUUGCUCUAUUCCAAGCACGUGAAUACAAGAGGACGCAUGACAGAAUGCUUCCCAUCUUUAGGGCUUCUUAAGCAUGAAAUUGCCCCUUCAGGAAAAAAGAAAGCUACUAGGGUCAUCAGUUACUGGAGGCCCUGACAAUGGCAAUUUGAAACUAGGAAUGGCUACCACUAGGCAAAAACAGCAUAAGAAAUUAAAACCAGAUUCUAAUCUCUUUUACACUAUCAGCAAAACAGAAUAACACCUCUCACUUCAGUGGAGAUACCCUGGAUUGUCAUUGCUGUAACAAAAAUCAGAAUGACUUACAGGAACAGAUUUUCAUAAGAGCCGAGUACCAUUCUCUCUCAUGAGCACCUAAGUAAGAUGGGCAAUGCACUAAGCAUUUUUGAAAAUCCGACUAUUACUUCUAAUUGACAAUUUGUAAAACUAUAUCCAUUUAUUAAAAUGUUUGUACUAUUUAUAAUUUGUGUAGACAUUAGAAUGCCUGAAUAAUCCAGAACCAGUGCAAGAAAAUCUAGUUAUCUAAAUCACUGAACCAUAUCAUGUUUGCUACCAAAGAGAAAUGGGGAGGGAGAAGGAGACAUGUAUGCUAUCCAGAGGUAAAUACAUUUACUGUAUGAACUUGCUUCUGUUUCUUUUCCACC